GGUCGGUCGGUCGGUUCAAACCGAGCAGCCCUCUGCUGAAUAACGGAGCUCCGGUCAGAGCCGGCGGCCGCUCGUCGCGGGUUUCAUCCGCUCGCUGGAAGCCGUGGAGGACGCGGGGGACGCCGGGAGCGGAGCGUCGACAUGGAGUCCGUCAGAAAGUGGAGCCCGCAACAAGUGGUGGACUGGAUGAGAGGUCUGGACGACAGCGUGCAGCAGUACGUCCCGUCCUUCCAGCAGCAGCAGGUGGACGGUGACAAGCUGCUCCGGAUGUCCCACCAGGAGCUGCUGUCUCUGGGCGUGGCGCGGGUCGGACACCAGGAGCUGGUCCUGGAGGCCGUGGAUCUGCUCUGCGCUCUGAACUGCGGCGUGGAGUCGGACAACCUGAAGAUGCUGGCGGGGAAGAUGCGGGCGGCCCACCACAACCUGAGCGGCGCCGUGUCGCAGCGCCGGAAGAACCCCGCCUACCACAGCAAGAACUCCCAUCAGCCCACCAACGAGUUCCUGACCGCCGUGGUGGAGCUGAUCGGCGCCGCCAAGAGCCUGCUGGCCUGGCUGGACAGGACUCCUCUGACCGGCGCCAACGACCUGACCUCCACCAAGAGCAGGAUCAUCCAGCUGUGCCUGGAGCUCACCUCCACCGUCCAGAAGGACUGUACCGUUUAUGAGAUGGAGGAGAAGAUCCUGGAGGUGUCUCGAGCUUUAAACGGGAUCUGUGAGAAGACGGUUCAGGCCACGUCGGACCCGUCGAAGACCGAGGCGUCCCGUCUGGAGGUGGUCCACAUCACCAACAUCAAGCCCGGAGAGGGACUGGGAAUUUACAUCAAAUCCACUUACGACGGGCUUCACGUCAUCACGGGAACAACAGAAGACUCUCCUGCAGAUAAAACCCAGAGGAUUCACGCCGGAGACGAAGUGGUUCAGGUCAACAAGCAAACUGUGGUGGGCUGGCAGCUGAAGCACCUGGUGGAGACGUUGCGGGCGGAGUCUGGAAGCGUCUCUCUGGUGGUGAAGAAGAGGCCGAGCGGACCCGCGGGCGGCUUCGCUCCUGCGCCGCUGAAAAACCUGCGCUGGAGGCCGCUGCUCGUGCAGACCUCUCAGGCAGCUCCGGGUCUCUACAGAUCUCGACAGGCUGAAUCCUCGGAUGCCUUGGCUAAGAGAGGGAAGACGGCCAUCUUGGAUUUGUACAUCCCUCCUCCUCCGGCAGCUCCAUACACCCCGAAAGACGGGAACGUUAGCGUCCCUCCCGUUGUGAAACUGCGUCCCAAGUCUCCCAACUCGUGUCUGGAUGCAAACGCACGGCGGCGCUCGACCGCAGCGGAGGACAAGAGGCUGUCGGUGGGCCCCCAGCCUGAACCCAGCCAGCCGGUCCCGGUCCGCCUCAGGCAGCGCUCCUCCGCUCGCUGUAAACCCCGCCCCGUCUCCAUGCCCGCCGAGGCCUUUUCCGCCGUUUCUGACGCGCCGUCCCGACAUGGAGCGCAGGGACGGAAAGCAGGGCAGAACGCCCUGCACAGAUAUCUGAGCAACGAGGGGAUCAGCGCCAUCACGGAGGAGGAGCCGUGCUACCCGAUACCCUACCGGGGCCACGCCCUGGUCCGGGGCGUCGACCACAUCCGGGGCAGCCAGUGCUUCAUCAGCGCCGACCUGCACACCACCGCCACCAUCCCGUACCAGGAGGCCACGUCCAAGAAGCCCGCCGCUGCCGCCGCCGCCACCGCCGCCGGAUCGGCCGCCAUCUCUCCGGCUCCUCCGGCCGUCGCCAAACAGCCGGGCUCGCUGUUCAGCGGCUGGCUGGCUCGACUCCGGCUGCUCAGCCACUGAGGAGGAGGAGGAGGAAGGGGGCGGAGCCUCUUUUAGGUUUUAUUUCUCAUGUGGCUCCAGGUUUGAUCUUGACAGCCGGACUCUCAGGAGGUCUGUUCAGAUUCAGGUUCACCCUCAGCAGCUGGAAGCAGGGAGCAUCGAACCGUGGAUCCCAGACUGUGAAAACAUGAAUCCCUCAGGACGAUACAUCUAUCUGGCGUCUAUCAGAACACAAUCUACGCAAAUGAACAAAACCUUACAUGAGGAUGAAACUCCAGCGUCAGAGGGAGUUAACUGGUCUGAACAGAGCCGUUGGCUAACGGCUCUCAACUGGCUUCAUCACAAACUGUAAUUUAAUUUAAUCUGCACUUGAUUUUAGCUCAAACAGCUGCUCGAUCUGAAGGAAUAAGCAGAACAAAUCCAUGAAAAACAUCCUGAAGGCGUUCCUCAGGGAGCUGUCCUGGAUCCCCUGUUUGUUUGAAUCUGGAGGGAAUCCUAAUCUUUCUCCCAGACCUUUUAACUUUUAUAAAUCCUUUUAACUUCAGAGAAGAGAUAAGACUACACAGACUUCUCAAGAACAACAGUUGUAAACAAUGUUCAGAACUACAACUGUUUGCUUACAGUCAAAUUGAACUUUAGCUUUUUGAAACGGUAGCUCUUCCAUUAACUGCAGUUAGUUAAAGGCUUUUAACAUUAAUAUUUAAGGUUUUUAUCAGAGCCAGUGGCAAUGAAACAAGUGAUUAUGAAAUUAAUAAACAUCUCAUUAGUGUGUUUUUUAAAUAUAAAGCCUUUUAAAUACCUGUUAGCUCUUCUUUAUGUGUGAAUGCAGACCAGAUAAGUGUUUGACCUUUGAACUGUCUAAAAAUGUUUCACGCUGGUAACUUAUAUCCACAUUAAAAUCAAACUACAUAUAGAUGAUUUAUUAAUACAAAUAAAGUUAAAAUACCAAGGACAAACUUUCAAUGUUAUCCUAAAAUAAGUUAAUUUUAAUUUACUGUGGUGCAGAUGAUUAUUUCUGGAUCAUGUCGGCUGCUUUUAUCUCAACAAAACAUGAUUCUCAGGAAACUCUAACUUUCCACAUUAGCCUGAAAUAUUCCCCUCACGUUUGUGCCUGGUCACACAGAAGUGCCUGUAUUUUAAAGUUGUUGCACAGCCAACUCUGGGCAGAGAAACAAGUGACAAAAAUACCCAGGAUUUUUUUUUUAUUAUUAUGAAAUGAGUUGACCUUCACUACAGAUGAAGAAUCCAGAGUUUCUACCUUCUCAGAUGAAUUCUGACGAAGAAUCUGCUGCUGUUGAACACAGUGUGUCUGCUGUCGCCCCCUAGUGGUUAGUCUUGAUGCCUUCGAACUCAAACAUGGAACUUUACUUCCUCUCAGCCUCAAACACUCUACAAAAAAACAAAAGUAAGUCUAGCCUGAACUUCUCAUAUUUUUCACCUCAGGAUGGAAAUAUCCGAACAAAUCCGACAUACUUUAUGACUGGAAACAACAUUUUUAA